AUUCGUCACUUGAACGCAGCAACACAGCUCAGCGCUCCCAAAAGCAUUGCUUGCUCAUCGUCCACCACGAUGGUGGAUCGUUUUUGGUCGUUUCUCGUCUUCGGCUCGUUAUGGCUCGCUUUGAUAGCACCCUUGGUCUCUGCUUAUGAGGUCCCCGUCUCGGACGCGGACUACGAUCGUCAAGUAUGCUCGGGAAUGUGGGCGGGAAAGACAACCUUUAUCAAUGUUACCUUUGAUAGUACCUCCCAAGGCCAACUGGCCAUAGUAAUAUACGAAUGGAGUGAUGCACCGUACCUUGGGAAAGUUACUUCGUAUGUCAACGAUUACUUACCGCAGAAGACAUAUGUGUGCACGUCGGACGCUGUCAAAGGCGGGUUCUGCGACACCUCACAGCUUGGCCGAUUUAUCCUCGACUUACCAUCUGAAAAGUCAAUAAACGACACAAGCUUUUGGUCUGCUAGAGUAGCGUUCUCUGACAACGAUAACUCCACUUCAAACGCGGUUGAACUUGAACCAUCGGAUGAGUCUUCCAGCGGCCUUUGGAACAACCCGGCAGGAAACCCUCAUCCACCAGACGAGAACGAUGAAUUCACAUCACCUUGGAAGCCUCGUGGAUUUACCAUCGAGCAUUACGCCCGGCAGGAUAGUCAGCCACUGAACCCGAGCCCUUCUGGUAUCCUUAUCUACAGGGAGCCCAUCCAAUACAAUGUACGAAAGACAGGAUAUUAUUGCAUUGCAAUUGUUCCAGUCACUGUGCUUUCCAAUUCCAACACCGAACGCCAAGAAUCGACAGAUGUACCAUAUCAUCCAACAUAUUCUGGCACGGUGCUUUUCCAGAACAAGUUCCAUGGCAAACUAUCAGCGGCCGACUAUCCGAAAGUGAACUUCUAUUUCGCGAUGUUUAUUGUAUAUGCUGUCCUGGGAGUAGCGUGGGGCUGGUUAUGUUACCAGAACCUCCAGGAUCUACUACCGAUUCAGUACUAUAUAUCAAGUUUACUUGCAUUCCUGAUAGUGGAAAUGAUUGCCAGCUGGGCUUACUAUCGCUAUCUUAACGCACAUGGGAAGGGUACUACUUCAACAGUAUUCUUGAUAGUCGUCGCUAUUCUUGAUGCUGGACGCAACGCACUUUCCUUCUUCCUUCUCUUGGUCGUCUCAUUAGGUCUUAGUGUCGUGCGUGAAUCCCUAGGCAGAACGAUGCUCAAAUGUCAGAUCCUCGCAGUGGCGCACUUUAUUUUUGGAGUUCUAUAUGCUGUCGGAAUCGUUGAAUUGGAAUUGGAGUCAACCUCGGCUUUCGUGCUUCUCGUAUUCGUGAUCCCGCUUGCGUUCACCCUGAGCGGUUUCCUUUUGUGGAUCCUGUAUUCUCUGAAUGCCACCAUCCACCAACUUGCUGCAAGAAAACAGAGAUAUAAACUGCGCAUGUUCACAUGGCUGUACCGCAUCCUACUCUUGACAGUCCUUGUCAUUGCCGCCUUCUUUGUCGUAUCUUCGAUGACGUUCUCAGGACGUUUUGCUGAAGACUAUGGCGCCAAAUCCUGGAAAGUUCAGUGGUGGCUACUUGAUGGUUGGCUAGCACUCCUUUACCUCGUGGACUUUAUCGCAAUCGCUUAUUUGUGGAGGCCAUCACCGAACAACAGAAGAUAUGUUUUUAUCCUUCUCUUCUUAUCUUUGUCUGUACUUACCUCGUUGGUGUCCACGCUUGCCAUGUUCGACGAGAUUGCGCAAGACGAAGAGGACGCUGAAGACUACGACAUGGAGGCAUUGGAACGUCGUACUGCAGCCAUGCGUGACGAUGACGACGAUGGGUCAACACUCGUCGGAAUCCGAGGCCCGGGCUCUAUGGCUGCGGAGGAGAUCGUGUUCGAGAUUGGAGAUGACGGCCAUGAUGGUAGUGAUGAUGAAGACCUGUCUAGCGCGAAAAAGAGGCGUGCAAACGUCACACAGCAUGAGGGAGAUGAACAUGAGCGAGAAGGGCUCAUCGGGGAUCGAUGAUUGUAUCUUGUGUUCCGUCUACAUUCUUACUAUUCUUACUGUGCGUGGCGGACUAUAUUCAGUGGAAAUAUGUAGAAUACAAUACAUGCAUAACAUCAAACUAAUCAAUGCAACAAUAGCGUAAGGAAACAUCCUAGUCCCGUAUACGACCCGUGG